GUGUGACGUUGUUGACUUGGCUAACUUGUUAUCAUAGUAUUUAUCCGUUAUGUUACACCAGAAAUUUAACGCGGAUCAAAAUCAACGGCGCCAUCAGUGUCUAAUCAAUACUAGCGAUGGGCAUUUUCAUGCAAUACAAUUUUCAUUGCCGUGUAAGUCAGAUAGCACUCGCUGUACAUGCCACUGUAUUAUGCUGUAUACGAGAUAAACUAUCAGUGAACACUGCCAGCUCGAUCCGGUGUGUUACGUGCUAUUUAUUUUGUUGUGUACUCGAUUAGUACAGUAUAAACAAUACCAUUAACCAAAUUAAGAAUGACAUCGCGAGGAUUAUUGUUAAAAUCCUUUAGGAAAGUGAACACACAACACAAGACAUGUAUUGGUUGCUUAGCGACCACGCCUUCAAGGCAUGUCCAGACGGGACCCGAACCCGCGACCCCUAGGAUCGUGACCGAAAUACCCGGCCCCAAAUCCAGGCAGCUUAUUAAGGAACUCGGUAAAAUACAGAAUGUAGGAGCGGUCCACUUCUUCUGCGACUAUGACGUCAGUUGCGGUAACUACCUCGUCGACGUUGACGGGAACGUCAUGUUGGACUUGUUCACGCAGAUUUCGUCACUUCCGCUCGGUUACAACCACCCAGCGAUGAUCAAAGCCGUUACAGAUCCGAGUAAUCUGUCAACGUUCGUCAAUCGUCCUGCCCUCGGGAUUUACCCGCCUGCCGACUGGGUGGGUCGCCUGCAAGCCGCUCUGUUAUCGGUGGCGCCGCCAAAAAUGCAUCACGUGCAGACGAUGGCUUGUGGCGCGUGCUCAGUGGAACACGGGAUGAAAGCUAUGUUCAUCAAAUUCAUGACUGAGCGGCGUGGUAGCGCCACUUUGACUCCCGAGGAGAUGUCGAGCGCCAAGGAAGGCCAACCCCCGGGCUGCCCCAACCUCGCCGUCCUCUCGUUCAACAAUUCCUUCCACGGCAGGACAAUGGGUUGUCUCGGGAUCACCCACUCCAAGUACAUCCACAAGCUGGACCUUCCCGUUCCGGACUGGCCCGUGGCGCGGUUUCCGGAACUCAAGUAUCCGCUCGAUGACCAUGUGCGCGAGAACCAGGAGGAGGAACGACGCUGUCUGGCAAUGGUUGAGGAACUGAUCGACACAUGGAACCGGAAGGGGCUGCCGGUUGCGGCCGUGGCGGUGGAGCCCAUACAGGGUGAGGGCGGGGACAACAUGGCGUCUAGGGACUUCUUCCAAGGGCUUCGAGAUAUCACUAACAAGUGCGGUAUUGGCUUGUUGGUGGACGAGGUCCAGACCGGAUGCGGCGCCACGGGUCUCUUUUGGGCACACGAGCACUUCCGGUUGAGCGACACACCGGAUGUGGUGACCUUUAGCAAGAAGAUGCUCACCGGAGGUUUCUUCAGCAAAGAGUCUUUCGUACCAAAAGAUGGUUUCCGCGUCUUCAACACGUGGGUGGGCGACCCUUCGAAGGCCGCGCUCCUUGAGGCCGUGGUCAAUGUCAUCAAGGGAGAUAACCUCCUUGACAGGGUCAAGGUCACGGGCCAGCACCUGCUGAAUGGUCUCAAACAAAUGCAGGGUAAAUACCCGGGUUUGAUAAGCAAGGCCCGUGGGCUGGGGACACACUGCGCUAUCGACUUCAAAGACGCUGCUAGUCGUGAUAAGACAAUCGCCAAGCUGAGAGAAAGGGGCGUCCACACGGGCUCUUGCGGUGCCGCCACGUUGCGACUCCGUCCCGCGUUGAUCCUUGAAAACAAGCACGUGGACAUAUUCAUGGAGAGUUUCGACCGUGUGCUCGCAAAUAUGAAUAAAUGAAAAUGCCGAAGAACUGAUUUCAUUGUAGCCGGUAUCAGGUUUCUUCUGAUACUUUGAUAAGAUUGGCAGUAAAUGACUAAUUGUACACUUAUAUGACCAUGGUUUCAAGCCCUUGUGGCCGGUUGUUUAAGAUUUGCACAUUACAAACAAUUAUGUUAUUAUGUUUUGAUGCUGCGUCAGUAUUUUAAGUUUCAAGUGUAUUAACCCAUUUAUGCAUAGUGGACUCUCCCAUCCUUCUAAAUAGAAUCAAUUUAUUUCCAAAAUUAGUCAUGUCUAGUAUAUUUAUUUCUAUAUUUAGAAUAUUUCUUUCAGAAAUUCCUUUAAGCAAACAGCGCAUCAUGCGGCGUCUCAUCUGGGUCUACGCUGUUUGCCAAGGCCUUUUUUCUAUACGCUAGGCAUAAAUGGGUUAAACAGUACAUAUAGAAGGCCAUAAGCCCAAGUGGACAAAGUUGGAAAACAGUGUUUACAAAGUAAAUAGUUAUGAGUAGAAUUAGUAUUGGAGUUCUGUAUUAAUAACAAUCAAUUAUCUAUAAUUAAAUAUGUGUAUUUUCGUCAAAUUGUGAUUAAGCGAAUUAAGUACAACACUAUAUCAAAUAUAGUGUAUUCAUGGUUUAGGUCCAAAUACGAACAAUUGUAACAAUAAUAAUACUUCGUAUUGUUUAAUGCCUAGAAUUGUAUGUAUUUGAUUACGUUGUCUUUGUAUAUUGUCUUCUGCUCCGAACUAUUUGUUACAGCAUUAAUUGUUUAUUACGGCAAACUUUA